CUCUAUAUAUAUAUAUAUACUACGUACAAGUUAAGAAUAUGAAGAAAAACUUUAUAUCAUAUAUAUAGCUCAUAACUUUGUAAGGUGAAGGUAAUCAAUAUCGAUCCUCUUUAACUAGAAUUAAUUAUUAUUUUAAAAAUAAUAAUUAAGUCGUCGUCGUCAUCGUCAUCGUCAUGGCUUGUGUGCCUUGUGCCAUUGAAAUGGAGCCUAAGACCUUGAGCCCUGGACAAAUCAACCAUGUUAAGGCAGUAGCAAUACAAAUUAAGAUUGAGCAAGAAAAUGCCUCAGAUAUCUUCAUUCAGGGAUUGAGGGAGGGAAUGGAGCAGAUUUCUGAAGAAGAAAAUGAAAUGGGAGUUAAUAAUAGUAUUAUAGUUGAAAAAAAGAAUAAAUUAGGAAAGGCACACAAUUGCUUAUGCAACUCUCUUCUAAUUCAAUCCCCUGAUGAACUUAGGCAAAAGGAGCCUGUUACUGCCCCUUUCUAGACUCUUGGUUAUGUUUAAACUUCAUUAACAAAAUCAUAACAUAUGUUCAAGUUCUUUUUACAAAAAAUAAUAAUUAGUAGGUUUUUUAAGUGCAUGAAAUAUUUUUGGGAGUAUAUGUAACUAAAAUAUGUAAUUGGCCCUUUUAUUUGUUAUGUCUUAAUUAAACUACCACGCUUUUUUAAUUUA